AUGGAUCUAUACGUGGCUCAGCUUCCAGGGCUCUCUGUAGCUACUCAUCUGGCGAGGGAGCGUGCGAAAGCCGACGAGGACAUGCCCGAUAACAAGAGCUGGCGAUUAGGCCACAGCAAGCAGCCGAAGAAGCCACCAAGAGUGUCCACUCCUCUGAAGAUCGAUACCGAAUACUCGAAAUCUUUCGAAGAUUUGAACGAUCACCAUCUUCUGCUCAGCUGGCGACAACAACGUCAAGGCAGCAGACCGCAGACACCUGUGGGCGCUAUAUCAGCCACGCCUGUCACCGACGAUACAUAUGAUACCAGAAGUGAUCGUUCAGAUACCCCAGCGCCACGUCGAGACUCCAAGCCAAAACUCGCACGAUACACUUCGCUUUUCGCCAACUUCAAAGACACAACCAAGGAACCCGAGUUUGCCUUCUCUACACCUUGGGGUGAAGACGCACCGCAGUCCCUACAGCCUUACAUAGAUCCGCUUGACGUGGUUCAGUCUGUCCGAUCGCACAUGGCGACUACACAUCGGCCAAUACCAAUGGAGCACAAUAGUGGCCUGUUCCGGGUGUUUGAGGACUACCGCAACGUCCGAGAGCAGAAAGAGAGUCUCAGUAUAAUGAUGGAGGAGACACUCAGUGACUGGAAAAAGGCCGAACAAUAUUGGGAUCGCUCAAAAGAUUGCUAUGGCGCGGAAAUACGGCGACUCGAGCUACUCAUAGCUCGCGGAACGAGCGCUCGUCAAGACAGCGUAGUGCGACGUCAUAGAAAGACCAUCUCGUACGACAGUCUCCCUCCAGCUUAUGACUCCCUUUCGCAUGCCCAACUCGACCGAGAGAUCAAAGUUAGGAGUCAGAGAGCGCUCCUGAGUCGACCAUUAUCUCCCUCUGGAAAGAUGAUCGUCCUCUCAACACAGUUUACCAACGAUGGGGCGAAGCUGAUAGUAGGAACUCCUCCUGAGGUCAACCAUAAUUUGACACUGUCGCGCAAAGUCCAAAGCGAGCUCAACCUUACCGCCAUUCAUAAGACAAAACCCUCCCGCUCCUUUACUAGCUCUGUAACUUCUGGGUUCUCAGGAGGGUCUGGUGAUCCUUUGCCUGACGAGAUGGCGGUUCUUGAGCACACUGGAAUGGAGCCGGCGACCGAAUGCGAAGCUCUCGUUGCUCUUCGUGAGCUUGGCACACUCGUUGCAAGACGUCGAGGGUUAGAGAUCAGCAGCUUCAACCACAGCCUCAUGAUGCUCUUCUCGCAGACUAGACCAGCAGAGAGAAUAGUAGAAGGUAUCGAAGAACGAGACGCACGGCCGUCACGGCAAGGGAUGGGCUCGAAUUCUGGAAAACCACAGUACGCUGAUACAUCUCUCGCACCCCGACAUAAUUUGCGGAAGUUUCAGUCGCAGCCACAUCUCAGCACUACACAGAAGCAUCGUCGACAGUUUUCUUUUGAGCCUGGGGCGGAUCAGCUCGAAGCGCUCGCGGAGGAGUUUGGAGCGCUUGACGGGGAGACCAAUGAGAGCGGUUCUGACGAUUCGGACACUCCGCUCCUCAUGCGUGCUGAGCGCCCUGCACUCGAUACCCAAUCAAUUAGGUCUACUUCGUCGUCUCAAAAUCUGGGUGCAGAUUUAGCCAAGCCAUCAAAGAUUCCUAGCCCUGUCCAAACGAUGGGUCGCAGUCGCCGAGAGGAUUCUGCUUCAAGCCUCCAGUCGGUCUAUGCUAGACCUCAAGAUAGUCGUCGAGAGUCUCGUUCUAGUGUUAUCACGGCUUUUCGCGAACAUCUAAGUGGAAAUAUUCGACCCGAACUCCAGAGCAGACACAGUUCGAUCAACGACUUACGUGCGUCAGACUCCUCGACGGCAUCAAGAGAGCAGAUCGGUGCAACAAGACUGCGUAACAGUAACAUGGCUGUCGCAGCAGCGAGGGCUGCAAGUGAUGCAAGUCAAACCUCAUUGUCAGAGAGAAGCAGCCCAAGACUCUCCCUAUCGCGAACAAACAACGCAGGAGGUCCAGUCAGGCCGGUGCAUGAUGACUCCAAGAGAACGUCAUCAAGUUGA